UGUCAACGGCUUUCGCAAACUGCGUUGUUUGCGGCUUUCUGGAAAAGUUUUGUUUCGGCGUGCUUGAUCUUGAUAACAUUUUUUUUGCGGCUUGGUGGUUCGAAAUUGUGGUGUGAAUUACGCGGAACUGGCGAUUUGGGACUGCUUGCUGGAAAACCGGACAUCACCAUGAUGAUGGAAAACUUGGACCACGUCUACUGCAACACGGCGUCCACCGAUGUUGGUGGGAAGGACUCUUCCGACCAGAUGAGUUUAUUUAAGGAGGUUAAGCAGCUUCAGUCCAUUCUGCUGCUGCAUUUGGACCUCAUCCAGGAGCAGAGCGAUCAGAUUCUGGCCAAAGACAAGUUGAUUAUCAAGCUGAAGGAUGAGAAUGAAAUGCUCAAGCAUCAGCUGGAACUAGUCAACAAACGGAUGCAGCAGAUGAAGCAGCAGCAACAGCAACAACAACAACAACAGCAGCAGCAACGAGAAAAUAACAUUCCAAUAAGAAGUGUGGCGGUGGAAAAAGUGUACGAAUUUAACAGCCGGCUUAUUCCGAGCAUCGAUCCGGCACCAUUGCGUGAAGCUAUUCCGGAGGUUACCAGCACCGUGAGGAACAUCAAGAAGGAAAACAUCUCUAGCGAGUAUGACCACUUUGAUUCAAUUGAUUUUGGCGGUGAACUUGAGUCUGAAAUCAAAAUUGAAAACAAUGAAAUCGAGGAGGAAAUUUUUCUCAACUAUUCCAAGUCGGACGACGAAUCGGUUCCGUCGAGUGACGUUCCGUUGAUGGAGAGCCGGCCGGUCGUGGAAUUGCGUCCGUCGAGUGCUAGUACGCCGGUUGAUUUUGGAGCCAGCAUUUCGCAACCGCUGGAAAUCCCGGCAAGCGACUCUGAGUACAACAACAAUGUAAACAUCCAGUUUGACGCCGUCGACGAUCAGCCGGACUUGAAGGAUCUAAUCAAUUUGCAUGAUGGUGUUUCAAAAGCAAGCAACUACAAUCCGAUUUGUUCGUCGGGGAACUCUUCCGAUGGCAGUUUGAUAAAGAAGUCCUGUAAGACACUGUUUAUGAUCACAAAGAAGCCGUACAUAACCUGCAACUGGAAGGACGAAGCCAUUACGAACGACAUCGAGCGGAUAUUGGAGAACGAAGCUGCGGAGCUGGAAGUUCCCUGCUGGACUGUGAUCGACGACAACAACGACAGUGCUUCCAACUCCAGUGAGUUGCUAACGGAGAACAUUAGUGAUGAGGUGUACAUGAAGCGACACGCAAAAUUCGAGCUGGACGAGAGACGACGCAAAAAGUGGGACGUCCAGCGCAUUCGUGAGCAGAAAACGAUAGAACGCUUGAAGAAGCGUCACCUCAAAACCGACCCCGACAGCGAGCAGAAGAACAUCGUUUCGUUCUAUCCGCUGGUCGAUUCCAUCAAGUACGUCCAGGUGACGGACGAAAUUCCGGUGCAGGCGUUCGGUGAGCUGAUUCCGAUCCUGCCGACGAGCAGUUUCAGCCUGCCGUGGAUGGCGGCCAGCCUGGACGCCACGGACAACAUUCCGCCGACCGAGUUCGGACCAGGGCCACUGUUCAGUGCGGCAACCGGAGUUCCGGCGACGGCAACGACGUCCGCAGCUUCGCAGCCAGUCAAAACUAAAUUCCUGCACCGGUUGGCCCCCAAUCUGGUCACCCAAAAGCAGCGAUUCACCAAGCGCAUCAAGAAGGAGACAUGAAUUCGAAGGGGACGAGUGCGGAGUGCGGUCAAGUGCGUGGGAGGUAAAGUGCUUUAACAAAGAUCUACUUGAUGGUGAUUUUGAAUUUGUAUGACAAAUAAGAUUAAUCCAGUUGGAAGAUAUCUUUAUCUGAUAGAUUGAGCAUGGAUAUUUGUAAAAAGUAAGAUAAGAAAUAAAGUUGUACAAUGUG